CUGUGUUUCUGGAAAUAGCUACUAAUAUCCUCUUUUCCCGGCCCUCUUCUAUAUGAAUCAAGUUUUUGCUAGGCCAAGGCUGCAAGGGCUUGACAACAAUACAUAGAAGCAGUAAAAAUGUUUAUGGGGUUGAUCCGCCAGACAAAGCUUGUGUUAGCAGUGAUUUUGGUGCAGCUUGGGUAUGCUGGGCUUUCGAUAAUCUCUGUGUUUGCCCUAAAGAAGGGAAUGAGUCCUUACACAUUCAUCGUGUACCGAAUGGCCAUUGCCACUAUUGUUCUAGCUCCAUUUGCAUUCAUUUUGGAGAGGAAUUCAAGACCUCCGAUGACUUGGUCCAUCACUGGAAAGAUAAUGUUGCUGAGCCUUUUCGACCCUGUGCUUGACCAGAACCUCUACUACAUGGGAAUGAAGAAUUCGAGUGCAACGUUCACUUCUGCAAUGUGCAAUAUGCUGCCUGCUUUUGCAUUUUGUCUAGCCUGGAUUUUUAGGUUUGAGAAGGUUAGCCUUAAGAAACUGCACAGCAUAGCGAAGGUCAUGGGGACGAUCAUCACAGUUGGGGGAGCAAUAGUCUUGACUCUAGUUAGAGGUCCCUCAUUGUGUCUACCAUGGGCCAUUGAAGAACAAAUUGAUCCUCAUCAAUCUGCGCAAUGCUAUUCGGGUCAGGCAGACCUCGUGAAAGGAGCUCUAUUUAUCACAGGAGCUUGUUUCUGCUGGUCUUGGUUUGUCAUUUUGCAAGCGAUUACCUUAAGAUCCUACCCUUGUCAGCUCUCUCUCACAGCAAUGAUAUGCUUUUGGGGUAUGGUGGAAGGAGCAAUACUGGCUUUUGUAGUUGAAAGGGGACAUAGUGGAGUCUGGUCCAUACAAUUCAACAUCAAACUUGUAGCAGCAUUUUAUGGGGCAAUGCAAUCUGGUGUUGCUUAUUAUGUGAUGGGAAUGGUAGUGAAGGAAAAGGGACCUGUUUUUUACUCGGCUUUUAAUCCCUUGGCCACAGUAAUGGUUGCAAUCCUGGGUUCCUUUGUUUUAGCAGAACAAUUGUACCUUGGGAGUGUUAUUGGAGCAGCUGUAAUCAUCAUUGGUCUGUAUCUCGUUCUUUGGGGAAAAGCAAAGGACCAGUCUCCUCCAUCACAGAGCUGCAUGAUCGAUGAAGUAGCACCACUAACACAAAGAUUAAUAGAUGAUCAACAAUGUUAAGAGAUUUUAUGUCACUUCAAGCAUACGGUUGAUCCUCCAAAAUUCUGGCAAACCAGUUUGUUAGUAUUUUUUCUUUUUCCUCCUUUUGAAGUGAAAGGAUCACCUUUGUUUUGAUUAACUAUUCAUCAGCCAGCUUAAAGUAUUAACUAUUUUUAGUAAAAUU